UUGAAGGAUGGCCAACACUGACGAACACUGGGCCGAUAGGCCUAUUUGUUAAAAGUUUAUCCGAUUUGUUGAUACUGUACAACACAAGAUACCAUGGACGACAGUUCCAAUAGGAGAAAGACAAGGUCCUCUGGUAGGAAGAAGUCAAGUACUAAGGUAGCCGAUAGUCAGGAUAGCAACCAGAUUCCUGAUGGAGCAGAGGCUAAGAGUAAGUCCAAUGGAGCAUCUCCUGGCCGUUCCUCACCAGAACCAGACUGUGCAAUAUGCCUGGGGCGCCUCCAAAACAAGUCAUUCACAGAUCGCUGCUUCCACAUGUUCUGUUUUGUCUGUCUACAGGAAUGGUCCAAAGUCAAAGCUGAGUGCCCACUGUGUAAACAAAAGUUCACCAGUAUCAUCCACAAUGUACGAUCAAAUGAGGACUAUGACCAAUACCCCAUCCCGCCAAAGAUUCCUUCCUGGGAAGAGCAGGCUCGCAACUUUCGCUAUCACACAACACUCACCCUGGAGCGAAGGCUGCAAAUCAAUAUUCCUGAUUUUCGGCAGCAUCCACAGUACCAGGAACAUGAUUAUACACUCCAGCGACCUAGUCUCCACAACCACAUGACCACCCGGUCACACUGGCGCCGUCAGAGACAGGCAUCCAGUUCAGACUUCCGCAGGAGGAUCUACACAAAUAAUCUAAGACUCGUUGAGGUAACAGACCCAAGAAUGCGUACUAGAGAUACAACUCCAAGUUUUUUCAGGAGUAAUCCAGCGUGUACUCACAGACUUGUCCCAUGGUUAAAUCGAGAACUAAAUGCUCUCCUUCAGGGUCAGCAUGAACAUGUUCAAUUUGUUCUGGAACUCAUCAUGGACAGGAUAAAGAAUGUAGCUAUCACAAGUGAGGAAUUUUACCAGGGCGUUUAUCCAUACGUGGGUCGAUACACCCGACAUUUCAUGCAUGAAUUUGAACACUUUGCUAGGUCUCCAUAUAACAUUGCUGCAUAUGACCAACAUGCAGUGUAUCAACCACAAACCUUGGCUGUCGAGUCAGACUCGGACACAGACUCCAUUCUUUCGGUAGGCAAUGACAAUGAUGAUGAUGAUGAUGAUGAUGAUGAUGACGAUGAUGUAAUUGUGAUUUCUCCAAGUCAAGAAACAGGAAGGAGGCAUCAGCCAUCCCCUCCUCAUCGGCAGAGAGAGAGAGGAUCACUGACAUACCGUGACCUCUCACCAUUGCUGCACAGGGUACGGAGCUUACUGGAAUAUCCAGAUAGUAGUCACCUGAGUGUCAACACACCAGGGUGGGACUCGCCUACACCAGGACCGUCCUGGGCAGCCGAGACUGAGGUGUCGGACUUAUCAGCAGCAGUAGCAGCUGUAGAUGAGGAGACUGUGUUAGAGGAUGGACUUCGUACAAUGGGAAAUGCACAUACAUUAAAAACAGAGGAUGAACGUGACAUUGAUGUUGAAAACUCGAGGAGUAACUCCUCUAGUGAUGACUCUGAUUCUGAUUCUAGCAAAGCUGGAAGUGACAUUGUGUUUGUAGGUUAUGACCGGCCCUGGCAGGAACGUUCUCCAAUAUUGCUGUUAUCAUCUAGCGAUGAUGAUGAUAAUGUUACUCGAUCAACUGCAAACAGUGCAGUUGAUAGAAAGUCCAAACAUGAUAAAAAGUCAAAAACCGAGAGACAUAAAAAACGUGACUCCGAGAUGUCAAAGAAUCACUGGAAACCAUCCAAGAGACGAAGAUCACGGUCACGGUCAUGGUCACGAUCUCGCUCAAGGUCAAGGUCUUCACCACGGCAUGAAAGCUAUUGGAGAAAGAGGAGCCAUUCAAGGUCAAGAUCAAAGUAUGUGUCUGGACAUCGUAGACAUAGGUCAAGAUCAAGAGAACGAUCAGGUUCGAAAAGAAAAAGAAUAUCUUCUCCCUCUAGUUUAGAGCAGUCCUUUACAUAUGACAGAUCGAGGUCAAGCUUGCUGUCAUGGGACCAGAAACGUCACAGGAGUAAAUCAAGUAGUGUUGAAAUCACUUAUGUAAAGCGAAAGAAAUCCAAACACAAGAAAAAGGAGAAGAAACAUCAUAAAAAACACAAAAACAGAAAGCAUAAAAAACGAAGAAGAGUAUCAGACUCUGAGGACAGCCAGGCAAGCAAGAUUCCAAGUGUAAGCAGGCCUAGGAGUUCAGGUUACUGUUGUCAUCAAAUCACAGGAAUCACUACAGAAACCUGAAGACCACCAUCGAAAAGAAAAUAAAACUCCAGAUAGUGACAA